AUGCGAUUGACACCUCUUCAACACGUCCAGACCGUUCUUAUCGAGCACUUGGCUUGCCAAUUCGACGACCCUUCCCUGCUCAUGGCCGCCCACCAAUUCGGCAUGUCAGCAGAAAAGACUCCCGAUUUCGUGGUCCGUUCUAAUACAUCUCUAAAAGGGUUCCUGGGUAAGGCAACCAAGGGAACAGAAGCCGUGAACGAGCCGAUAAGGGUCAGACUGGACAUUCAAGAAAAAGAGGGGAAGGGGAUGGGGGAGGGUGGACUGAGAUGGAAUGGA